AUGAAUUACGAUGCGAGCCAUUUGUCUGCUGAGCAGCGACCGGUGAUAGACGAACCUAUGAAUAGUGUCGAGAAGCCUAUUCAAGAAAUUAAGAUGGAUGAGGUCGAAUCAGGGAGCAAAAUUAUUCUGAAGCAAUCUCUAUCACUCAGAUAUUGGAUAUCCAACUGGCAAGAGCUGAGAGAAUAUCACAUUUUGCGAAAAGCUGAGGGGAAUCGUUUGAUGUUUCUUUCGGACGCAGAGCGGAUGAAAGCAAAAAUUCACCGUAUCCGAAGCACUCAAGGAUCGAUGAAGAUGGAAAACUUGCGUAUGCGACAACAACUGGCGGGGCUUCCGUCAUUCCAAACACAUACGCUGAAACAGCUGAAAGUGAUUAAGCAGUGGCAUGGCGAGCAGCAAUGA